AUGGUUGUAAAGAAACUGUGGAAUAAGUUUGGUGGAGAGGCUAAAACGGCGAUUUAUCAGAAGAAGUCCAUUGAGAAGUUUGAAAAAUUGGCUGCUGGGGAAAAAGUUGCAGCUCCAAAGCAUCCAACUGAUCAAAAAUAUUUUGAUUUAGCAUUGAGAGACGAGAAAAUUGCAGAAGUACGUUUGUUCCAGCGAACUUUAAUUUAAGUAUUAUGAAUAAUCUGCAAGAGUAAAACUUUCAGGAAGUUAAGCGAAAAAAUGAAGAUCUCAUCGAUAAAGUCAACAAAAUUAAGAUCAAUUCAACGGAGGUCCAACAGGACAGGUCUUCUCGGUAAUUUGUUUAGUUCCAUUAUUCCUUUUUAGACCUCUACCUUCAAGAGAAUCGGAAUGGCAAUACCGAGACACUCCAGACUACAAAUUUGGAUUCCAUGAGAUUCCUUCCGAAAAAAUGGAAUCAAACACGAUUAGUGCAAGAGAGAUGUAUGAGGUAAGGCUGACACUGAUGUAAAAGUGUUGUAAAUUUAAGUUACUGAGCAUUCAAGCCAAAGUAGAAAAGGAUGGACGGCAGGUGGAUCUCAUGGCUCAUGAAGUAAGUAUUCGUUCGGCGUAAAUUUUGUAAUUUUUUAGGGAUAUCGUCGUCUUUCGCCAGAAAGAAGAGAAAACUUAUUCAAAUAUUUUGGUCUGUUUGUAACAAGCGAACAACAGUCUGUUGUGGAUCGAAGUGAGGUGGAAUUACUUGUGGAUUACAUGAAUAACAGAACUGGGGAGAUAGAUAAGAAUCGACUGGCUAUACAAGUCAAAAGGGAAGCUCUAGCGCGUGUAAGAAAAGAAAGAAAUAAAGAGAUCGACCAUGAAAAGAGGGAAGAAGAGCAACAACGGUUGCUUGAAAUGGAGAAACGAAGGGAUCGAGAAUUUGAACGAUUGACGCAGAAACUAAAAGAGGUUGAACAAGACACCUUGAAAUAG